GUCUAGAGCUCACCGCCUGACUGAGGAGGUGAAAGUUGCGCCACAGGAAGAUAAACCGCAAAAGACAAUAUUGCAUGUAUACAUGAUUUUGCGUGUGCAUCGGAUGCGCGAUAUAGGGGAAUUCCUCGCGUCUUAGAAAGUAAACAGAAAAUCGGUGGAUUUGAGAGUUUGCUCAGUCGAGUGAGGUCCAAGAGAUAGAGAGAGGGGGAGGAAGAAUAUCUGUGCGUGAUUUUUUGAUUUCUGCUCUCAGUCGUCUCGGCGAGUCUAGACUGAAGAUGCUCUUGGACGCAGGACCGCAGUAUCCCACCAUAGGAGUCACUACUUUCGGCUCCUCACGGCAUCACUCAACAGGCGAAGUCACAGAGAGAGAAGUGGCGUUGGGGAUAAAUCCGUUUGCAGAUGGGAUGGGCGCCUUCAAAAUAAACCACAGCUCCCACGACAUUGGCUCCGGACAAACGGCGUUUUCCUCUCAGGCGCCCGGCUACGCAGCAGCCGCCCUGGGACAUCACCACCACCCGACCCACGUUGGCUCUUACUCCACGGCGGCUUUCAACUCCACCAGGGACUUUCUCUUCAGAAAUCGGGGUUUCGGGGACGCCACCGGGGCGCAGCACAGUUUGUUCGCCUCCGGAAGUUUCGCAGGGCCACAUGGACACUCAGAUGCAGCGGGGCACCUGCUCUUCCCAGGGCUCCACGAGCAAGCGGCGAGCCAUGCGUCUUCCAACGUGGUCAACAGCCAGAUGCGGCUGGGCUUCUCGGGGGACAUGUACGGACGGGCCGACCAGUACGGCCACGUUACGAGCCCACGAUCCGACCACUAUGCCUCGACCCAGCUGCACGGCUAUGGCCCCAUGAACAUGAAUAUGGCCGCACACCACGGAGCAGGGGCCUUCUUUCGAUACAUGAGGCAGCCGAUCAAACAAGAGCUCAUCUGCAAGUGGAUCGAGCCGGAGCAGCUGACGAAUCCCAAAAAGUCGUGCAACAAAACUUUUAGCACGAUGCACGAGCUGGUGACCCAUCUGACGGUGGAGCAUGUGGGGGGACCAGAGCAGACCAACCACAUCUGCUUCUGGGAGGACUGCGCCAGAGAAGGAAAGCCAUUCAAAGCCAAAUACAAACUUGUAAAUCAUAUCAGAGUACACACCGGAGAAAAGCCCUUUCCGUGUCCGUUCCCCGGCUGUGGCAAAGUAUUUGCUCGAUCGGAAAAUCUAAAAAUUCACAAAAGGACGCACACCGGUGAGAAGCCUUUUAAGUGUGAGUUUGAAGGCUGCGACAGGCGGUUUGCAAACAGCAGUGACCGCAAGAAACACAUGCACGUCCACACGUCGGACAAGCCCUAUCUCUGCAAAAUGUGCGACAAGUCAUACACACACCCCAGCUCCCUCCGAAAACACAUGAAGGUCCACGAAUCCACCAAUCCGGGACCGCAGCCGUCUCCAGCGGCCAGUUCAGGGUACGAGUCCUCCACACCUCCCACCAUAGUAUCCCCGUCCACAGAGAACCAGAGCAGCAGCUCCAUAUCACCAGCAGCCUCAGCAGUACACCACACAACCAGCCACAGCACGCUGUCGUCAAAUUUCAAUGAAUGGUACGUGUAAAUAUUUUUGAACAAAAAGAAAAAAGCGAGAGCGAGAAAAAAAGAGACUGCAGAAUUAAAAAAGAAAAACUGCUUGGAAUCAAAGACUUUAUAAAGUCAGCCAGUGAGACAUGGACUGAGAAAACACGGGAGGCCCCACACAGUUAAAGGCUGUCUUAAUGUCGAUGAGAGAGAAUGCAUGGACUUAAAGGAGGCGAGGACAGCCACCGAGUUAAAACUUCUUUUUCCUUUUUCCUCAAUAUUUCUUUGAGUCUUUAUUUCUACUGAGAGACUGCUCAGAAGAGAUCUCAAAAAGCAUGCUAUCUCCGGGUAGAGGCCUGAAUUUUUGUACAUAAGGAUUUCACCAAGUUGGGAAUAAAAAAAUGUAAUAUUUUAUUUUGUAAAUAGUUCUAUCACAGUUUAAGGGAAAAAUUUGUGACAAAUGUGGUCCCUAGAUAUAUGGAAAAAUGAGAUGGUUUUAAGAAUAUUGCGAUGAAUAGACUUCAUUGAAAAGAAUGUUAUAGUUGUGAACCAAAUGUGAAUUAUUCAGUAUUACUACAGUCUACACGUCGACCUAACCGACUCUUAGUAUUAAUGUGCUUUUGUAGCCUAUUCAGUGCAACAUUUUCGUCCAAGGUCCAGUUUGAGUAGCACCAGUAUCAUUGUUGUUAUUUAAUGUCAUGUCGAUAAAUCGUGUAGUGAAAGCCUGAAAUUCCGUGUCAAUCUGUUUAUGUACGUGAUAAAUAUAAAAUCUCUGUCAA